AUAGUUAUCGAGCACGUUUCGCGAAGAACUUGUUUUUUCGUAUAUUUUAAAGAGAAUUUGAAAAAUAUUUCGGUGGUUAUUUUGAGUUUAAAACUAACACAAGAUGAUGUCCCAACCGACUAAUAUUAUCAACUAUGAGAAAAAAAUUAAUGAAAUGCCUCAAGGAAGUCCACCAGAUAUUCCGAAACUUAUGCCUGGAGGCAAUUACAUCAGAAUAGGAAAAGAUUCCGCUCACAGUACUUGCAUUUUGUUCGCUCCCUUCGCCGAGGAAGUGGGCGUCCUAGCGAAAUUCCUAUCCGUUUUCAAUAAAUACAAAAUCAACUUGCUCCACAUCGAAUCCAGACCGUCUUUGAAAGCUCCCGAAAACUACGAGUUUAUGGUGGAAUGCGAAGCUUCUCAACACCUGGGAACUGCCAUCAACGAAUUGAAAGAUAUCAGCGAAUAUUUGCAAAUUAUUUCCAGGGACUACAAAGACAACAAAGAUUCUGUACCAUGGUUUCCUAGACGUAUAAGAGAUCUCGAUCGUUUCGCUAACCAAAUUUUAUCCUACGGAGCUGAAUUGGAUGCAGACCAUCCUGGAUUCACCGAUCCUGAGUACAGAGCACGCAGGAAAUACUUCGCUGACAUCGCUUUUAAUUACAAGCACGGUCAAAAAUUGCCACAUGUAGAUUACACCAAAGAAGAAGUGGAAACUUGGGGGAAAGUUUUUAGACAACUUACUUCCUUGUACAGUACUCAUGCUUGCAAAGAACACAAUCACGUGUUUCCGCUUUUGGUGGAAAAUUGCGGCUACAGAGAGGACAACAUUCCUCAAUUGGAGGAUAUAUCAAACUUCUUGAAAGAUUGUACCGGAUUUACUCUUCGUCCAGUGGCUGGACUACUUUCGUCCAGAGACUUUUUGGCUGGACUCGCGUUCAGGGUGUUCCAUUCUACGCAAUACAUUCGACAUCCCAGCAAACCAUUCUACACACCUGAGCCGGACGUGUGCCACGAAGUAUUAGGCCACGUUCCGUUGUUCGCUGAUCCAGAUUUCGCCCAAUUCUCGCAGGAAAUCGGACUGGCUUCGUUGGGCGCUCCCGAUGAUUUUAUCGAGAAAUUAGCCACAUGUUUUUGGUUCACUGUUGAGUUCGGAUUGUGUAGAGAAAACGGCGAUUUGAAAGCCUACGGAGCAGGACUUCUGUCGAGCUACGGCGAAUUGAAGUACGCUCUUGAAGGUACUGCAGAAAUUCGACCCUUCGAACCAGCCAAAACUGCUAUCCAGAAAUACCCUAUCACUGAGUACCAACCCAUAUACUACGUUGCAGAAAGCUUCGAAGAUGCCAAAGAGAAAAUGAUUAAAUACGCAGCGACGAUACCAAGAAACUUCGGUGUUAGAUACAACGCUUACACCCAAAGUAUAGAAGUUUUGGAUUCCAAACCGCAUAUACAGAGAUUGGUGAACAACAUUUCAUCUGACAUGUCCAUUUUGGUUGAUUCGUUGAGGAAAUUGUGAACGCGCUUGUUCACAAUGUGUACCUACUUACUUAAAAAUUUAGUCUUAUAGUAUUAUUUAUUAUAAAUAUUAUGAAUUAUGUAAUCUUAGAGGGAUUUAAUAUUAGCUCCUUAUGACGUCCAUAGUUUAGUAAAAAUGUGAUAUAUUUUAUAGUCUUAUAAAUUAAUAAACAAUGUUUUUUAUUAACA